AUGUGUCGUAAAAAUGACGAGCAAGCUCAAGGCUCGCGUCUGCAGCUGCAGCCACGUCUCGGGAGGAAAGCAUCGGGAGCAUUUCCGGCAUUACCUGCGCACGACCUUUGUGGUACGACUCCCCGGUAUCGUCUGAAAGGAUGCGGUCCAGUACCCGUACCCUCCAUAGUGCUGCCAGUGGUGCCCUUGGCAGGCUCGGCAGCUGGGAACGACAGGCAUGGCCGGUCGAUGCCUAUUCGCAAGGCUACUAGCCCGCCCCCAACGCUCGCUCUGGAUGCCCAGACUUCUCAGUACGAACCAUGUACGGGUAGCAAGUCGUACGUAGAGUACACGCAAUCAUGGAGCCAGGUCCAGUCCAUAGACGACGUCGGCCUGCCGUGGCCUGCAGCGAGUGCCGUCGCCGGAAAAUCCGAUGCGACCGUGGUUUUCCGUGCGGACCGUGCCGAAAGUCCCUCCCCCCAACCGACACAGCGCACAGCCUCUGCACUGCCGCACUCACGCCGUACCCAGCAGCAGCAGCAGCAGCAGCAGCAGCAUCACCCGCCAAGGCCUAAGCAGAGUACGCGCAAUGUUGCGCUCGCCAAGAUCAACUCGCUUGCUUUUGAUCCAGAUGCCUUUCCUGGCAUUGGCCAGAUUGGCCUUGACUGGCCAUCCAGCUGGCAGCAGCAGCAUGGUGUCCCGCCGUCUCCGAGUGUACUCUUGGCGGAGGCGGAGGCAGCGGCGGCGGCGGCCGACUACUUUCAAAGUCCGGAUUUCUCUCUGCUCGAUGAUUCUAGCCAUAAAGGAGCAGAUGCUUCUCUGAUGGAGCAUACAUACGCCGGUUCGCCGGAAACGACGGGGCACAGCUCAGUUUGCCCUUCGAUGGAUGGCGGUCCAGGAUAUGGCGAUGAUCGCUGGUGCGCAACAUUGGCGCAAGUGGUAAAAAUGACGUUCCUUGUCCAGGGCAUGACGAGAAGACAGGAUUUUCUUGAGAAUCAGCCGGCACCACCAGAGAAUCGUCAAGCGGACGGUGGUGGUGGUGAUGGUCUUUGGGUCCCGCCAUUGGCAGACGUCGUCCUCCAACUGGAAAGCCAAGCCCGAUUACAAAAGGAACAGAAUGAUGCGCAAAGCUUCGCUCGGCUAUCACCACUUUUGAAAAGUUCAUCCAAUAUACAGCAACUAUUGCCUCCUCGCCCGGUAUGCAAAAAGCUCGUCAGCGCAUACUUUGAGACCUUUGGCUCUGUCCUCUGUAUCCUCGACACGACCGCAUUCUUCAACGACCUGGACCGUUUCUGGCAAGCAGGCGAGGGGUCGCGACCAUCCACCCGAGACCACGACGGAGCCCUCAGUGAGGCCUUUUCGCACAAAUUGCUCGUCGUCGUUGCUCUCGGUUCCGUCACUGCUCGCCCUUGCGGGACCGGAGGCGAAGCAGAGCGGACUCGGCAGACGAACAGGCGCAACCACGCCAUCGUAUGCGUGCAGCACACGCGGCAGUGGUUGGCGCAGAAGACGGCACGCGGGAUCCGCGCCGACCUGGAUAUCGCCCAGAUAUUGUGUCUGCUGGCGCUUGCACGGCUGACGCAGCUGCACACGGAUCCCUGGCCGCGCCGGUCCAGUACGGAUGGGGCCGUCAUACUCACGGGCGACCACGACCUGGCACGUCUAGGCAUGCAGAUGGGACUGCAUCGAGAGCCACCAAGACUGUCCGUCGUGGCCCCCGCCAAAAAAGCCGAGGCCGAGAUGCGCAGACGACUGUGGGCGACGAUGCUCGAGCUCUCGCUGCACCAGUAUCUGGACGCCGAGCUUCCCCCCCUUGUAAGUGCGGAAAGCUACGAUUGUGCGGCGCCUUCCCCUGUCGAGCUGGAAGAGGAUGCGAGAUCAUAUCUAGCGCCGCAUGACCAACGCGUGCCGGCGGCAACUAUACUCGCUGUGCUGUCGCGGACGCAGCGGCUCCGUCUCCAGAUUCUCCAACACCUCCAUUCUCCGGGAGCAAGCAGCAGCUACAAGGAGAGUAACCGCUUUGCCGCAGAUUUGAUCAAAGUUUGCAACGCCGAGACGAACCAUCUUUUGUUUUCGGGAAUGGCGAAGCCUAGCAGUUUCCAGCUGUGGCUGCUCAACAUACUCACACGACCAUUUCUACUUGCGCUCAACGCCCAUUUCGCCGGCGAAAUGGAGACGGAUUUCGCCAGCUUCCACUUUCGCAGGAUGAGAAUGGAAACUGCCAUUGUGAUUCUUCGUCCCAGCCCGCACGACGACGAGCCUAGCCUGGCGCCGUCACAGACUAGGAUCCACGCCGGCUGGGCAGGGUCACGAAGCAAGACAGCAACAUCGACAUACCCAUUUCUUCCGACUCCAGGCACGGUCGAGCCCAUCACUAACAAUGAACAGCGCAACGGCCUUCACGACGCGGCAUCCACCGCCCUGUGCGUCGGCGGACCUAGUUACUUCGCGGUGGUGCAUAGACAGGUCCUCGCGACUCUCUGCGCUGAUGUCAUUACCGAGAUCCAAGACGGCUUGUUCCCGACUCUCGACGCAGCGAUGCUUCACAGCGCGGUGGCUAUUGUAGGAGAUGCAGCGAAUAAAUACCGGGACCAAGUGUGCACCUCUGGCGGAGUCGACGCAUGUCGCGAAUCGAUUAUGUUCGCGGCCGCGCAUGGCCUGGCUCUAGCCUUGCUUCAUCGAUGCAGCACGCUUGAGGUGGACAAGUCCAUCAUGUCAUCUGUGUGGACGGCUCUGCAUCACUGCUGCAGAGCCAUGGGAGAGCCAGCACAAGGGAUCCUCGAGAUGGAGUGGGACAUGGGCGAAAUGGAAACUACAGAUAAAUCAAUGCCCACGGGCGGAAACGUCGACGUCGGUGCGACUGGUCAAGCGGACGCGCAGUCGCACUUCGUAUUGGAGCAGCAAGAUGACGCCCCGAGGCUUGAUCUGUCAGCCGUUGAUACGGAAAUUGCGGAAAUAUGGGCUAUUGAUGAUGAUGAGUCGUAUUUUUCGAUAGAUAUCACGUUAUGA